AAGAGAGAGUGAGAGAGAAGAUCAAUUUAUCAAAGAUGUUGUUUGGCAAGCUUAUGCCACUUUUCAUUCUUUUUGCUGUGUUCCACCAACCAGCUUUAGCCACAAAAAAGGCCUAUGUUGUCUACAUGGGAGCACAUUCUCAAGGCCUAGAAGCAACAUCAGCUGAUCUAGACCAAAUUACCACCUCACACAUCCAGUCCCUCUCAUCAUUUCUAGGAAGUGAAGAGAAGGCUAGAGAUGCACUAAUCCACUCUUAUCAAAGGAACAUUAAUGGCUUUUCUGCUUUUCUCGAAGAGGAAGAAGCUGCAGAGCUUGCGAAGCAAGAGGGAGUGGUGUCUGUGUUCUUGAAUCAAGGGAAGAAGCUACACACAACACAUUCAUGGGAGUUUCUUAUGUUGGAAAAUAAUGGUGUGAUUAAACCUUCUUCAAUAUGGAAGAAAGCCAGAUUCGGCGAAGAUACGAUCAUAGCAAAUAUUGAUACAGGUGUUUGGCCUGAAUCAAAGAGCUUUAGUGGGCAUGGCUAUGGCCCCAUUCCAUCAAAGUGGAAAGGAAUCUGUCAGUUUAAUCGGACCCUUUGCAAUAGGAAGCUGAUCGGAGCUCGCUACUUCAUCAAAGGCUACGAGGCUUUCACCAAGACGCACGAUCCGUCGAUGCACAAUGCACGCGACACGGAAGGGCAUGGGUCCCACACGCUGUCGACCGCUGCCGGCAACAUGGUGGCCGGAGCCAAUGUUUUCGGGAGCGGAAACGGAACGGCUAAAGGAGGCUCUCCGAGGGCGCGCGUGGCCGCCUACAAGGUUUGCUGGCCUAAGGUCAAUGACAGCUCGUGCUUCGACUCCGAUAUCUUGGACGCUUUUGACGCCGCCAUCGAUGACCGCGUCGACGUCAUCUCUCUCUCCGUCGGCGGCAUUCCUAACGACUACGUUGUUGACUCCAUCGCUAUUGGCUCAUUGCACGCCGUUGCCAAGGGAAUCCCCGUUGUCGCCUCUGGUGGGAACUCCGGCCCCUUUCCAGGCACCGUUUCAAACGUUGCACCGUGGAUUUUCACCGUUGCUGCCAGUACUAUUGACCGUCGCUUGGGGGCCAAUGUUGCACUGAGAAACGGUUCACUUUUCAUGGGUAUGAGCCUGAGUGAAGCACUUCCACGCACGGGUUUUUAUCCUCUUAUCAGUGCUGCUAAUGCUGCAGCUGCCAAUGUAUCUGCAGAUAAAGCUUUGCUAUGCUUAGAGAAAUCACUGGAUCCGGCGAAGGUGGCUGGCAAAAUAGUGGCGUGUUUAAGGGGUGAGAAUGCGAGGGUUGCUAAAGGGAUUGAAGCGGCGCGGGCAGGUGCUGCCGGGAUGGUUCUGUGCAAUAGCGUAGUGGAAGGGAAUGACUUGACCGGAGACGCUCAUCUUCUUCCUGCAGCUCACAUCAACUACACCGAUGGCCUUGUUCUUUUUGCUUACAUCAAUACUACCAAAAAUCCACAAGCCCUAAUCACACCCCCUGCUGCCGUGCUUGGUGUUAAGCCAUCUCCCGCCAUGGCCUCUUUCUCUUCCAGAGGCCCCAAUAUUGUCACUCCACAAAUUCUCAAGCCUGAUGUAACGGCGCCAGGAGUGAACAUAAUCGCGGCAUUCACUGGGGCAGGGGGGCCCACGGAGAUGCCAGAGGACCACCGCAGGACUCCCUACUACGUGAUGUCGGGAACCUCGAUGUCGUGCCCACACGUGGCCGGGGUGGUCGGCCUGCUGAGGACGCUCCACCCCAAGUGGAGCCCCGCGGCAAUCAAAUCCGCCAUCAUGACCACAUCUCGGACGAGGGGCAACACAAAGCUCCCCAUCCGAGACUACGACAACACCGCGGAGGCCGACGCCUUUGCGCGCGGCUCGGGCGACAUUAGGCCGAACCGGGCAGCGGAUCCCGGCCUGGUCUACGACAUGGGCCCCAGCGACUACUACGACUUCCUCUGCGGCAUCGGCUACAACAGGUCCACCGUCCGCAAGAUGGCGCAUUCAGGCUACAAGUGCCCCCGGAAUUUCGACGUCCUGAACCUCAACUACCCUUCCAUCUCCGUUCCGGCGCUCGACGGAAAGGUGAAGGUGACGAGGAGAUUGAAGAAUGUGGGGAGCCCCGGGAGAUAUGUUGCGCGCGUUAAGCAGCCGCCGUUUUUCAGAGUUUCUGUGAAGCCCAAGGUCCUCAAGUUCCACAAGAUCGGUGAGGAGAAGAGCUUUACCGUUACUAUCAAAUCUAAAAUGCCUGCCACGGAGUUCAGCUUCGGCGGGCUGACUUGGACGGACGGGACCCAUUACGUCAGGAGUCCGAUUGUUGUUGCAAAUGCUGUCAACAUCUCUUAAUAAUCAUCACCUUUGCCUUAUUUUCUCUUUAGAAGUACAUGUCAUUUUAGGUUUAAUUUUCUUUUUUCUUAUCUUCAAUCGAUUACUUCACAUUCGCACCCCUUGUUACUUGUUAGACUCCAUUGGAAUCCAACAUUCUCAUACAUUCAAGCAAUGAUUACUUCA